AUGUUGAAAGGAUCAAGAAGAGGGAAUUAUGUGUCUACGUUAAAUAAACCAGUUGUUAUUCACAAAAUUGGUAAACCACAGCAUGUAUCAAAAGAUGAAAUAUUGAGGUUUUUAGAUGAUUUUAUUACUUCAAAAGAGGAUUUUGUAGAUAGUAAUAGCAAUGCAACUACUAUAGACAACAGCAAUGGUAAUAGCAAGAAUAAUUUACAAGGAAGCCAAAUAGCUACUACUGGUGGUGCAUCUGAUAUCAUACUUAAUAUAGAUACCAAUUUGACGAGUUCUUUAUCCCAAUUGAAAAGAAUUCAAAGAGAUUUCAAAGGUUUACCACCACAAUCUGCUACCCUUUCUAGUAUUAAAAUAAACGAUACUCAUAAUAAAAAGGCUGACAGUGAGAAUACCGAACAAGAAAAAGAAGAUAAAAUAAGUAAAAGUGCUACUGGCGGUACCAAGAAAACAUUUGCUUAUUAG